CGCUAGCUCGCUCAGUCCAUAAAGCCUGCCGAAGAGAAGGCGACCGCACGGCUAAUAAUAUCCCCCCCAAAAGCCAACACAAGAUGGCCGGUUUGCCUCGUAGGAUUGUCAAGGAGACGCUGCGGCUGAUGCAAGAGCCCGUACCCGGCAUCACGGCGACGCCUGACGAAGGCAACGCGCGCUACUUCCACGUAUACAUCGGGGGACCCAAAGACUCUCCGUUUGAAGGAGGCACUUUUAAACUUGAACUAUUUCUCCCAGAGGAGUACCCCAUGGCAGCCCCCAAAGUGCGAUUCAUGACCAGAAUUUACCACCCGAACGUCGACCGACUGGGGAGAAUAUGUUUAGAUAUUUUGAAAGAGAAGUGGUCUCCGGCCCUGCAAAUCCGCACAGUGUUGCUCUCCAUCCAGGCAUUAUUAAGCGCUCCCAAUCCCGACGACCCCCUGGCAAACGAUGUCGCCGAGCAGUGGAAGAAGAGCGAAAGCACCGCCAUAGAGACAGCCCGAACAUGGACCAAGCUGUACGCAAACUCCAACAACGAGCGUCACAGUAGCAGCACUGGCGUCUGAAUGUGAUCCGCGAUGUGUACUCCAUUACUGUCAAUGUUUGAAUUUGACAGAAAAAAUCAGAUUAUAAAUCCACAUCUAUUUGAAAGAAAUCUACUGUUGCAGACCUUUGGGGUGACUUUUUUUGUUUCCUUUUUAAGAUGCGUUUAAUGGUUGUGAGCCUUUUUUUCCCCCCUCUCCCUUUCCACGCUUCCCCUGUGUUGCUAUUUAAAUGCAUGGACAGAGAAUGACACCCUCCUCACUACAGUCUUAAGACGAAUAAUGUGUUCAUAUACAGUAUCAUGGAAGAGCCAGGCGCACACUGGUAUGAAAUCCUCAUGCAUUAAAGCUGUCCUACUUUUAA